GAAAAUGAAGAAAAAUGUGUCAUGUCAAUCGGUGAUAUUUGUUUUUCUCUGAAUUUGUUUCACUGUUUUCAUAUGGAACAAUUUUGGCAUGGCCUAAUUUUGAAUAACUUCAAUUAAAUUUAUGUGCACUGGCUAAACUUUACAUUGCACAUAUUUUCAGCUGAUUUUGAUAGAUAUAUUAUCAUACAACGGUGCAACCUGUAGAUCUAUCGCCAUUGUGUACUGAGAGUCUGCCAAUACAUACACUAGUGAUGCUCUAACCAUGUUGGAGUGGGUAUAUGAAACGGUUUGUGAAAAUAUCUGGGUGCUGUCUAUAACAUGCGUAUGCUUCAUGCUGUCGAAGUUUUAUUUCAAAACAAGACUCAUAGAAAUUCAAGAUAAUCUCAAAGGCAAUUCUGGAACCGACGAUGAUGGUUUUGAAAAGUGCCAUUCACCCUCUUGUGUCAGAUGCCGAACUCAUAAGGAGAUUUUGGUGCGUGCAAGAACCAGACUGUCAUAUCAGGCAUAUACUGGCAAACCGAAAGCCGAAGAGAGGGAUAACAAUAUAUUAAAACUUUGCACGGACGUUGAAAACAGUUUGCAUAAAAGAUUUACACAAGUGGAAGAUGAAGAUCAGAAGCCAGGUGUUUUCAAGAUGUCUGGCCUGGAGGCCAAGCCAUGGUGGGAUGAACACGAAAUUGAGGACUUCCAUGGUCUGCAGUUUAGUGACAAAGUUUUAGAUGAUGUUAAAGCGGAGUUUUUUGAGUUGAUGAAGAAGUCGAACACAGAAGAUACUGUGCAAUCAUUAUGGAAGGUGAAUUCUACUCCUGAUGGCAUGUGGUCAAUUUGUCACCUGAUGGAUCAAGGCAGACCAACAAAAGCAAUAGAACAGUGUCCUAAAACAUGGAAUGCUGUUCAUAAACUGUCACACUUAUUAAUGAAGAACAAUCUAUUUGGAAAUGUUGCAUUUUCCGUGAUUGUCCCUGGCACUGUUAUCACUCCACAUUAUGGACCCACCAAUAUAAGACUUCGGUGCCACAUAGGCAUCAUGGUCCCUCCCGGCUGUAUGUUGAUGGUCAAUGGGGAAGAAAGAAAAUACUCCGAAGGAGAUGUUGUGCUGUUUGAUGAUUCCUUCUCUCACUCUGUCAUGCACAAAGGAGCGAGGGAAGAAGGGAUACGAGCUGUCUUGAUGAUUGACAUCUGGCACCCUCACAUCGACGAUGAACUCAAACACGUGCUCAGCUACAUUUUUUCCUCUGAUCUCUGAUUCAAGGGUACUUGAUAUUUUAUGGGUUCUAUCAACACUGAUCAAUAGGGAUUUUACAAAAAAAAAAGGUGAAUAAUUUUAAUGGCAAUAUCUAAAUAUUAAAAUAUAUUUCUGAUUUUGUGCAGUUUCUCUUUUUUCCAAAAGCAAUCAUGAUGCUUGAUAUUUGUGAUCAUUAGAGGUGCAACGAUACGUGAGGUCAUGAUAUAUGUAUGCCGAUACUAUGCAUGCGAUGCAAUUCGUAUCUCCAUACUUGCCUGCUCACCCCGCACUCAGCAAUAUUCCAGCUAUGACGGCGGUCUGUAAAUAGUCAAGUCUGGACCAGACAAUCCAGUGAUUGACAUCAUGAGCAUCGACCCAUGCAAUUGGAUCAACACGCCUGACCUCCUGAUCCAGUUAGUUGUCUCUUACGUCAAGCAUGGGUUCCUGAAGACCUAUUCUAACCCAGAUCUUCAUGGGUAUAUCCAUGCAGUUAAUAUUCUUUCUUUUUGCAGGUGAAUCACAACCCUGAAUACAGUCGAGUCCCGUUAAUCCGACAUCGAUGGUUGCAUAUGAUUAUGUCGGAUUAACGAGUAUGUCGGAUAAACGAAAUUUAGUAGUAUCAACGUUCGUGAUCGAAAAUUGGACAUCUACACGAUAGAUAA